CAAUAUUAUUCUUCAUGGUAUCAAAGCAUUGAAUUAGGGCACCAAAUAUUAUCUAGGUUUUCUUUUCUCACACUUCUGUCACCGUCUACUUCCUUCGUCUUUCUCUUUUCCAUGGCUUCCCCUUCGUCUGUUACCUCCUUUGCAUCUUCACCUCCAACUUCACCUACUACUCAUACUAUAGCCUCUACAUCUACUAUUUUUUCCCAUGUAGUUUUCUCCAUCUCCAAUAAUAAGCAUUUUGUCCCUGAAACUUUGACUCAUGAGAACUAUUUGCUUUGGAAAGAAUUGAUAAUUCCCAUUCUUCGCAGCAAAAGUGUUUAUGGUCAUAUAGAUGGAUCUAAACCAUGUCCUCCCUCAAUAGAUCUGGCCUAUGAAGAGUGGCAACAGAUUGAUUAUCAGGUUCUGUCAUGGAUACAAGCAACCAUUUCAUGUGAAGUUCUGAAAUUGAUAAUUACACCAAGGAAAUCUUUAACCGCAAAAUCUGCUUGGGAUGCUAUUGAAGUUUCUUAUCAUAGUCAACUUGAAGCCUGUGAUUUAAUGCUCAAGCAGGAAUUCCGUGGCCUUCAAAAACAAUAUGAGCUGUCAAUGAUGGAUUAUUUGGAGCAUGCUAAGCUUCUGGUAGCUACUCAUACUAGGCAAUCUUGGCAGGAUUUCCAAGGUUUUGCUCAUUUUUCUUCCAACCGAGGCAUUCCUCGAGGUGGUAGUUUCUCUCGGCCAUCAUGGGAUGCUGCAAGUUAUCUCUGUUCUGCUAGAUCCUCCUUUCCACCUUUGCUAUCGACACCACCAUCACCUCUGGUUUGCCAAUGGUGUCUUCAAGCCAAUCAUCAAGCUCAUGAUUGUCUUUCAAUUCCCAAGUUAGUUUGGUUCUCUCCAAUUCAACCUCAAACUUUCAUGGUUGAUAAUUCUCCAGUUCAGCAUGUAAAUCCAAAUUGGGUCUUUGACACGGCCCUCAUAAGUUCCAUCUUCAUCUUUUGCUGGUGUGCUAGGCCCAUUCAUCGGCAUCCUAUGAUCACCCGUGCUCAAGAUGGAUCUAGAAAGGUGAGUCUCUUGCCAUCUAUGGUUUCUAUUGAUGUCUCUCUUUCGGAACCUAAAACCUUUGCUCAAGUUGUUAAGCAUUCUGAAUGGCGUAAAGCUAUGAAUGAGGAGUAUUUUGCUUUGUUACACAAUCGUACUUGGAUUUUUGUUCCUUGUCCUCCUCAUGUUAAUGUUGUUGGCUUUAAAUGGGGUGGUAUUGAGGAUGGGGAAGAGCCUAAGUCUGCAGCCAUUAGGGAAUUGCGAGAAGAAACUGGUGUAGUAUCAGCUGAGAUUAUUGCUGAGGCAGUGGACUACAAGAGGCCAACAUAUGAGGUAGUCAUGAGGACAUUCAGGCCCUACUUGGAUGAUGGUAAAGCUGCAAAAUGUAAAUCAACAAAAUGGUAAAUGUCUUGGCCUGCUCUUGUAGCUCUGUCCAUGUCUUUACAAAUAGAAAUUGAAUUUGAGC